AUGAUGUUUGGAAGGAGCUUCCCGUUCUAUAAUUCUCUCGGCGGGUUUUAUCCACAGAGUCUAGAUGCGAGAAAGCCUCCUGGCUCUGGUUACACCAGCAAAGUACGUGUGCGCGAUAGAUACCACAUUGUGGGAUUUAUCAGUAGUGGUACUUAUGGCCGUGUCUACAAGGCCAUUGGCAAAAAUGGCCAGAAGGGAGAGUUUGCGAUCAAAAAGUUCAAGCCGGAUAAAGAAGGCGAAAUUAUUCAGUAUACCGGUCUUUCCCAAUCAGCCAUCCGAGAAAUGGCCUUGUGCUCAGAAUUGGACCAUCCCAAUGUAGUGCAGUUGGCAGAAAUCAUCCUGGAGGACAAGUGUAUCUUCAUGGUCUUUGAGUACACAGAGCAUGAUCUGCUCCAGAUUAUUCAUCAUCACACCCAACCGCAAAGGCAUGCCAUCCCGGCCUUGAUGGUUAGAUCGAUCCUGUUCCAGUUGCUCAAUGGCUUACUGUAUCUUCACACCAACUGGGUACUGCAUCGGGAUCUGAAACCAGCAAACAUCUUGGUGACUUCAAGUGGUGCGAUUCGCAUUGGAGAUUUGGGACUUGCCCGUCUCUUCUACAAACCUCUCAACUCUCUCUUCUCUGGAGACAAAGUUGUCGUCACCAUCUGGUACCGUGCCCCUGAGCUCUUGAUGGGGAGUCGACAUUACACCCCAGCUGUUGACUUGUGGGCCGUCGGGUGCAUUUUUGCGGAGCUGCUAUCGCUCCGCCCUAUCUUCAAGGGCGAGGAAGCCAAGAUGGACAGCAAAAAGACGGUGCCAUUCCAGCGCAAUCAGAUGAUGAAGAUUAUCGAGAUUAUGGGGCUCCCAACCAAGGAGAUCUGGCCUGGCAUCGUGUCCAUGCCAGAAUAUUCGCAGCUGCAGUCCUUGGCAAUGUCGCGUGCCCCGGGGCAUUUCAACCGAUCCUCCAACCUAGAAGGCUGGUAUCAGAGCUGCCUGAAGAACAACGGGUACUCCGCCAACUCGAGUGCUGGCACACCCGGGGCAGAUGGUUUCGAUCUGCUGUCACGCCUACUGGAAUACGACCCGACCAAGAGGAUCACCGCGCAAGAAGCCCUCGAGCAUCCCUACUUCAAGAACGGGGGUCCUAUCUCCGCCAAUUGUUUUGAAGGAUUUGAGGGCAAAUAUCCUCAUCGUCGAGUGACACAGGAUGACAACGAUAUUCGCUCUGGCAGCUUGCCUGGCACAAAACGCAGCGGACUGCCUGAUGAUAGUCUGUUGGGAAGGGCAACCAAGCGCUUAAAAGAGUGAUUUAUUCUUUUUUUAAUAUCUGAAGAAUGUUUGGAUGUACAAGGAGUUUAGGGCUGGGUGGCAUUUUGUGCGGAUUUCUAGAUAUGCAUUUGGAACUGGCGUUUUUUCUAUCUUGCAAAUAUGCUUAUCUUCGUGCACAAAGCUAGAAAUUAGGGAAACUCCGAACUAGCAAGCAUGUAUACAAUGAAAUGAGC